AUGGCCGCCAUCGAGGCCCUGCAGCAGCAGGGGGUGGAGGUGGAGAUCCUGGCGCCGGCCCCAUCCGCGGCUCCGGUCAGGAUCCAGGACUCGGAGGACCUGACCCCCCCCCAGCUCUUUGCCGCAUACGCAAAGUCCACGGGGAUGCCGGCCGGCGUGGAGGCUCGAGGCCUCUCCCUGCUGCAGGCGCUCUUGACGAGCCAGGGCAGCUCAGCUGCAGCCACGGUGUUGACCUUUGGGCAGGUCACCCUGUCGGGCUUCCUUUCCUUUGCUGACAGGGUUUCAUACCCCCUGGACGCCCGGGGUGUGGUGGUCCUCACCGGCUCCGUCGAUGGCCAAGGAUUCCAGUCCAACGGGGCCGGCAAGUCUGCACUGGCCAUGAGUUCCCUGUGGUGCCUCACCGGUGGCAUGGAUGCACGAUCCGAGGGUGCAAGUACCGGAAGAGGACUGAGCGUCACAGACAUUAUUCACUCGGCCUGCAAGUCUGCCACGGUGCGCGUGGAAGGCACCGUGAAUGGCCUGCCCUUUGUGGUGGAAAGGACGGCGCGCAGGCGUGGAGGGAAGCUCAGCCUGAUGGUGGACGGUGUGGAUCGGACCAUGCAGGAGAUGCGCAUGACGCAGGCAGGGGACAGGGCUUUCAAGGAGGAGCUGGGCAAGCUGGUCGACCUGUCGAUUUGGGAGGAGGCCAGGGCUGUGGCCAACAAAGAAUUGGCCGACAGGAAAGCUGCGCUGGCUGCAGUGUGCACUGAGCUGCCUGUGCGACAAGGGUUCCGGGACCGUUUCCAGGAAGAUCUCAUACAGUCAGAGGCCGAGGAGACGCUGCUCGCCGCAGAGCAAGCCCGGCUGGCAGCCCGAGCAGCCGCUCAGGCGUCUGCCUCUGCAGAUGCUGAGCUGGCGGCGCGCCAGACCGCCCGGGAUCGGGCCAGGUCGCAGGCACAGCUGGAGGCCCAGCAGGCGAGGCAUGCCAUAGACACACGGCUCGCGCGGCUGGAAAGGGAGCUGCAGGAGCACGAGGGGAUGGGAGAGCGCCUGCAGAGCGCGGGCGUCGAGGCCGGGAGCCUCCUGGACCGCCUGCGGGCCACGCUGGGCCAGAGCAUGAAUGAUGGCGCCGUCGAUGUGGACGCUUUGUCUCUCCAAUCCCCACCCGAGGAGCCCCACCGCGAUACGCAUGCCUUUGACUCCCAGCGUCUACUGGAGCAGCUGGGAAGGAGUGCCUCACAGGCCGCGGCCUGCAUCGCCGCGGAGCCCGUGCCGCCGGGCAGCGCCAGCGCCGCUAACCCCCACGAGGUUGAGGCGGGCAGGCUGCGCGCCCAGCUGGCGACCGAGGCCGCCAGGGUGCUGGAGCUGGAGGGGCGGGGCGCCGACCUGGCAGCUCAGCUGGCAGACCUCAAGCUGGUGCACGACGCCCUGCGCCCCACUGGCGUGGUCAACUACCUGCUGGAGGGCGUGCUGGCGGACCUCCAGGCCACCACGGGCACCUUCCUGGCAGCCCUGGCGCCGUCUUUGACCCUGGAGCUGAAGCCCAGCCGGCCGGGCCGCGCCGACCCCGAGGCGGUGGUGGAGCAGGUGGAGAAGAGUGUCAAGGUGCGGGUGCCCGGGAGCCAGGUGCUGCAGCCCCGGAGCAUCAAGCAGCUGAGCGGCGGCGAGCGGCGCCGGCUGGCCCUGUCCCUGGCGCUGGGCUUCAGUGCCCUGGCCAAGCGCCGCGGACUCCUCCAGAGCAACCUGCUGGUGCUGGACGAGGUGAUGCAGCACCUGGACGCGGAGGGCUGCGCCCGCGUUGCGGCCCUGCUGCGCACGCUGCCCCAGGCCUCGGUGCUGGUGGUGGCGCAGCGCGGCUCCGCCGCCGCGGAAGCCGCCGAGCAGCUGGACCUGGUGGUCAAGGAGCAGGGGCGGUCGCGUGUCCUGCUGGACCACCGAGGCGAGGCGUAG